AUGUGUCUGACGGAGUGGAUCCGCCUACGUGACUACAAGGGCGGCCGGUCCCGCGUAAUCCUGGGCACGGAAAUCCCGGCGUGGGUCUGGGAGGCUUACCGCGUGAUCGGCGUGUUCCUCUUCGGCUGCGCCUGUCAGCAGCUCACCACGGACGUCGCCAAGUACACAAUAGGCAGGCUACGGCCGCACUUCUUUGAGCAAAAAAGCUUUGCACCAAUAGAUAGGCAUCAUCAACGACAUUCUGAUCACCUUGUCUACUUGUUCAUAAAAUAUGAUCAAAGAAAUGAAAUGCAAUUCACCACCUAUAGAGUUUCCCUAUUAAAAAUAUUACCUUAA